UGGAUUAUGUGAUGGGUACGACCCGACCCAAGCCGCCCUUGGAGAUGGAGGAGUAGUUUAGUUCUGUUCAGUCGGUUGAAGCCGUGCAUUCAGCCAUUUACCCUACCAGAAUAAAUCCGUAAAACCCUAAUUUGUAAACCUCUCUCCCUGAUCUCCAUUUCUUCCCUGUUUUUGAUUUCAUUUGGAAUUAUAUUGGCUUCUACUGUGAUUUAUGGAUUCUCAGGAUCCGUCUGCACCACCCCCACCGUUUCGUUCCCACCACCCUCAACAAACCCCAACCAUCUAUGCGGGUCACACUCACACUCACACUCAAACCCAACACCCCAACAACUCUUACCCCAUUUCCAGCAACAAUAGUUCUGCCACCACCACUGCAACUAUGAUGCAGCAACAAAAUCUGUACCCUUUUAACACCAUGGCUUCUGCCCCUGCGUCCAACCCACUGGAUCAUCACUUCUCAGAUAAAUUGGCUUCAGGUGGCAGUGGGGAGGCUGGAGGGUUCAGCAUUGAGUCUGCCAGAAAGAAAAGGGGACGGCCCAGAAAGUACUCACCUGAUAACACCAUUGGGCUUGGUAUGUCCCCUGAUCCUGCCACCAGGAUUUCCUCUGCUGUGGCCGUCACUGAUUCUGGUGGUGGGACCCCAUCGAUUGAAACUUCUGCCAAGCGCCACCGCGGUAGGCCUCCCGGUUCCGGAAAGAGACAGUUGAAUGCUCUAGGAGAACCGGGAGUUGGAUUUACACCACAUGUUAUUACCGUGAAUGUGGGUGAGGAUGUAGCUUCAGAGAUCAUGUCUUUCUCGCAGCAAGGACCACGUACUGUUUGCAUUCUAUCUGCUAAUGGUGCCAUAUGCAAUGUCACCCUUCGUCAACCAGCAAUGUCCGGUGGCACAAUAACAUAUGAGGGUCGAUUUGAAAUCAUCUCUUUGUCAGGUUCCUUCUUCCGGUCGGAGAGUAAUGGUGACUGCAGCCGAACUGGUGGUCUGAGUGUCUCACUGGCUGGGUCAGAUGGUAAAGUUUUGGGUGGUGGAGUUGCAGGAAUGCUUAAAGCAGCAUCACCAGUACAGAUUGUGGUGGGCAGCUUCAUUGCAGAUGGGAAGAAACCGAAGUCUGGGCCGUCUUUGGCUACACCUGUGCAUCUGUUGAACUCCCGAGCUCCAGCAAUAGGGGCCGGUCCUUCCUCAAGUGCUUCAAGUGAUUCUUCUGAGGAGAAUGAUGGUGGUUCUCUCAAUCGUGGCUCAGAACCUUACAGUGGACACCAAAUUCCGACUAUGCCAAUGUAUUCGAACAUGGCUUGGCCGAAUUCCACUAUCAAAAUGUUUCCUAACUAACCUCACUUUCCCUCGAAUAUUUCCUUCAUAGGUUCAAGGUUAAAGAGGUUCGUUCCCAAUGCUAAUAGGCAGAAUUCUUCCGUUAUUUGAGUCAAAUUUUUCCGUCAUAAUGUCAUUUUAUUCUCUUCAGCUCUUUAUUACUAUUAGGAGAUCAAGAUGUUUUCUUGCUGAUUCAAAUAUGGCUAAUUUACUGCAAGCUAAUGCAUGUUUCUGGCCUUCAUUCUUGGUAUUUACAUCGUAAGAAAGCUCUCACUAAUCACCAUGCAUGACCUACAUUUGAUGCAUUCCUGUGCCUUUCACUAUGAAGCUCGAGAAUGCAGACUUGCAUUGGUAUGUCGUCAUGAAAUCUUAGCACCAUUUGAUCUGUCUUGAAUCCUCUGUAACAAGUUGCCAAUGUUCUCGAAUGUAACUACCCUUUUUUCAAAACUACGUUGUUUCUUAUCAGUGCCGUCCAGUUCGAUCAGAAUACAAAACUGAAGUAAAUCGAAAAAACAGAUAUUUCUAUC